AUGGCCAUGAGCGCCCUGCACGUCGAGUCCCAGCCUUCCCUGACGUCCCACCCCAGCGGCCUCGUGAACAUCCCCAAAGCAAACCAAGCCGACACUGAGACGACCAGUGGAGCAGACAAGGCCCGUGCCUCAGGCCAACCUGAGGGAGCAGACAAGACCAGUAGUGUCCAGCAGCAGCUGACCCACAACUUACAGUUAAUGACGAAGAAGCAGCUGAGGGAGUUCCAGCACCAGCUGCCUGACCAGGAUGUCUACCACUGCUCUCCUGAGACCAUCCCUUACCCCGAGAGUUCGAAGAGCAUUCAGUACGGGGAGCAGCAGGCCUGGGACCUGGCCCUGCAGACCGAGGAGCAGAUGGGCCCAAGCGAGCUGUGUGCCCAGAUCAGGAAUGAGGCCGCCUUGGAGUCAGGAUUCACAGAAAAGUUCCAGAAGCAAAAGAGAGAGAGUCCCAGCCCCACACAGCCAUGGAAAAAUGAGGAUUUCCACCAAAGAUUCACACAGCUGCUACUUCUACACAGAUCUCAACCCAGAGGCUAUGAUAUCUCACCCUGGAUUAGGAAUCUCCAGUUGAUAGAUUAUCAAAAACAUCUCAUUGAUGUUAAAAACUUAUUCGGACCAGGCCCGGGUACCCAGAGAGAGCCUCCCACAGUCGUACUGCAUGGGGUGGCUGGAAUCGGGAAGUCAACCCUGGCCAGGCAGGUGAGGAGAGCCUGGGAGGAAGGCCGGCUGUACAGGAACCGCUUCCAGCAUGUCUUCUACUUCAACUGCAGAGAGCUGGUCCAGUCCAGGACAAUGAGUCUCAAUGAGCUCAUUUCAAGAGACUGGGCUGGCCCUGAGGUUCCCAUUGGACAGAUCCUGUCUCAGCAGAAGAAGUUGCUCUUCAUUCUUGAUAACUUGGAUGAACCAGAAUGGGACUUGGAGGAGCACAGUUCUAAGCACUUUCUGCACUGGAGCCUGCAGCAGCCGGUGCACACACUGCUGGGCAGCUUGCUGAGGAAAACCUUACUUCCCGAGGCUUCCCUGCUCAUCACAGCUCGGAUCACAGCUCUGGGGAAGCUCAUUCCUUAUUUAAAGCAGCCACGCUGGGUGGAGGUCCUCGGAUUCUCUGAGUCAGCCAGGAGGGAGUAUUUCCAUCAAUACUUCACAGAUCAUAGCAAAGCAAUCAGAGCCUUUAACUUGGUUGAAUCAAACCCGGCUCUCUUGACCAUGUGUGUGGUGCCCUGGGUGACCUGGCUGGUCUGCACUUGCCUGAAGCAGCAGAUGGAUCAGGGGCAAGAACUCUCACUGACCUGCCGGACGACCACAGCCCUCUGUCUGCACUACUCUUCCCACGUUCUCCAAGCUCAGUCCCUCGGGACUAAGCUGUGGGAUAUCUGCUCUCUGGCUGCUAAGGGCAUCGGGCAAGGAAAGACCCUGUUCAGUCCGGAGGACCUGAGAGAACACGGGUUAGAUGAGGACAUCGUCUCCGCUCUCUUGAAGAUGGGUGUUCUUCAGGAACACCCCACCUCUCUGAGCUACAGCUUCAUUCACCUCUGUUUCCAGGAGUUCUUUGCAGCAAUGUCUUGUGUUUUAGAGGGUAAGAAGUUAAUGAGCAUCAAAAGUAUGAAAGAGUUGAUAGGAGAACGUGGGGUGGUUAGUGUGUUUGGGAAACCAACCACGUGUUUCCUAUUUGGCCUUCUGAGUGAGCAGGGCAUGAGAGAGACAGAGAGCAUCUUCAAAUGCCAGCUCUCCCAGGACAGGUAUCACAAGCUGCUGCGAUUGGCCAAGAAGGAGGCCAACCUCACACAGCAGAAACUAGGACCAUAUUGUUGGCACUUGUUCCACUGUCUUUACGAGAUUCAGGAUGAAAAGUUUCUGACAGAAGUAAUGUCCAAUUUCUCUGGAACAAGUACACGUGUCCAAACUGACAUGGAGCUCCUGGUGUUCACCUUCUGCAUUAAAUUCAGCCGGCUCGUGAAAUGGCUUCAACUGAACGAGGGUGGACCGCACCGACAAGCACAAAGAUCUUCAGGUGUUGUUCUGUCCAGCUUGCGCCCCUUUACAGAUGCGGGCUGGCAGAUUUUCUUCUCCCUUUUCAAAGUCCCUGGAAGCCUGAAGGAGCUGGACCUGAGUGGAAACUCCCUGAGCUGCUCUGCAGUACAGAGUCUCUGUGAGGCCCUGAAAUGUCCUCACUGCCACCUGGAGACCCUGAGACUGGCUGACUGCGGCCUCACCACAGAGGGCUGCCGGGACCUGGCCUGUGCGCUGCGCGCCAGCUGCAGACUGACUGAGCUGGACCUGAGUUUCAACAAGAUCCUGGACACCGGUGCCCAGUACCUUUUCCUGCAGCUGAGAGGGUCCAGCUGCAAGCUGCGGACACUGUGGCUGGUCAGAUGUGGCCUCACAUCUGGCUGCUGCCAGGACCUGGCCUCCCUGCUCAGUGACAGCCCCAGCCUGACAGAGCUGGACCUGCGGCAGAACGCCCUGGGCGACCUCGGCGUGCGGAUGCUCUGUGAAGGGCUCGGGCAGCCCCCCUGCCAACUCCGGCGCCUGCGCCUGGACCAGACCCAUCUGAGUGAGAAGGUGCAAAAGAUGCUGCAGGACCUGAAGCAGGAGAAGCCUCAGCUUAAAGUCAAUCUACAUACGUGGGCCACAAGCAGGAUGCGUAGAGUUAGGAGGCAGAGACAGACUGAAGCAGGAGGAAGCCAAAAACCCAUGGGAGUCCUGGGCCUGACUCAGCCCGAGAGUGGUCUGCGGCAUUACCAGGACACUCAGGCCACUUCCUCUGAGAUCUCAAGGAAAUUGUCUGGCUCUCUGUCCGGAGAGAAAAGAGAGAAUGUCCCUGAAGAGGCCCCAGGUAGAGGACAGAUGGAUGAUGACACAUUCCGACUCAAAUGGCAGAAACUAGAAUCAGAAGGGAGCUCCCCUCCCGUUACACAGGUGGAACCUCUCUGUCUGUCUUCUCCUGAACCUCUGCAUGACCUGCUAGUGAAGCCUGCAGGGACAGAAGAUGACUUCUGGGGCCCCACAGGGCCUGUGGCUACAAAGGUGGUUGACAAAGACAGGGGUCUGUACCGGGCUCACUUCCCCGAGGCUGGCUCCUACCGCUGGCCCAACACAGGCCUCCACUUUGUGCUGCGGGGGCCCGUGACCAUUGAGAUCGAAUUCCGUGCUUGGAAAGAGUUCCUGGACCAGAUCGUCCCACAGCACAGCUGGAUGGUGGCCGGGCCUCUGCUUGACAUCAAGGCCGAACCAGGAGCCGUGGCAGCUGUGUACCUCCCCCACUUCGUAGAUCUCCAAGGAAAAAACGUGGACAAAUCCUGGUUCCAAGUGGCCCACAUGAAAGAAGAAGGGAUAGUCCUGGAGAAGCCAGCCAGUGUGGAGCCACACUACACAGUCCUGGAGAACCCCAGCUUCUCCCCCAUGGGAGUUCUUCUGAGAAUUAUCCAGGCUGUCCUGCCCAUUCCCAUCAGCUCCAAUGUGUUGCUCUACCAUCACCUCCAUCAUAAGGAUGUCACCUUCCACCUCUACGUGAUUCCCAACGACUGCUCCAUUCGCAAGGCCAUAGAUGAUGAAGAAAAGGCAUUCCAGUUUGCGCGACUACACAAGCCGCCCCCAACGACACCGCUCUACAUGGGCUCCCGAUACACUGUGUCUGGUUCACAGGAGAUGGAAAUUAUCCCUCAGGAACUGAUGCUCUGCUAUCGGAGCCCCGGGGAAGCCCAGCUCUUCUCUGAGUUAUACGUUGGCCAUUUGAGGUCAAGUAUCAGGCUUUACCUAAGACACAUUGAAGAUGAAACCCUGAUAUGGAAGGCCCUGGUGACAUCAGGUAAAAUCAGGACAAGUGCAGGGACUUCAGAAAGUCAGUUACCGAAUGUGUGUAACAGCCCCAAAGGUGCCCCAGAUGAGCUGCACUUUGUGGACCGGCAUCGGGAGCAGCUGGUGACUCGAGUAACAUCAGUAGACACAGUCCUAGACAAGCUAUUAGGACAGAUGCUAAGUGACGAGCAGUACCAGAAGGUGAGGGCUGAACGCACCAAUCCAGCCAAGAUGAGGAUGCUGUUCAGCUUCAGCAACUCCUGGGACGAAACCCGCAAAGAUAAACUCUACCAAGCCCUGAGGGAGACCGAACCUUACCUAAUUAAGGAUAUCAGGGAGAGGGGGGCCAUGGGCGAGAACAGGCAGGGGUCUUCACCCGGUUUGAAUAUCCCCAAGGCCAUCCAAUGUGAGACUGAGACCCAUUCCUCAGACCAGCUCCGGGCUGAUAGCGUCCAGCAGCAGCUGGCCCGGAACUUGCAGUUAAUGACAGAGGAGCAGCUGAGGGAGUUCCAGCAGCGGCUGCCUGACCAGCGCUCUCCUGGGGCGACCACCACUCAUCCUGAGAGUGCGGAUAGCGAGGAGGUGGCCUCCCUCCUGGUGGCUCAGUACGGGGAGCAGCAGGCCUGGGACCUGGCCCUGCAGACCUGGGAGCAGAUGGGCCUGAGCCAGCUGUGUGCCCGGGUGGGGAAUGAGGCGGCCUUGGAGUCAGUGAAUGAAGAUGACUUCUGGGUCCCCACAGGGCCUGAAGAUGAAUUCUGUGUCCCCACAGAGCCUGUGGCCACUCAGGUGCUUGACGAAAACAGGAGUCUGUACGAAGUUCGCUUCCCCAUGGCUGGCUCCUACCGCUGGCCCAACACAGGUCUCCACUUCGUGGUGCGGGGGCCCGUGACCAUUGAGAUCGAAUUCCGUGCUUGGAAAGAGUUCCUGGACCAGAUCGUCCCACAGCACAGCUGGAUGGUGGCCGGGCCUCUGUUUGACAUCAAGGCCGAACGAGGAGCCGUGGCAGCUGUGUACCUCCCCCACUUCGUAGAUCUCCAAGGAAAAAACGUGGACAAAUCCUGGUUCCAAGUGGCCCACAUGAAAGAAGAAGGGAUAGUCAUGGAAAAGCCAGCCAGUGUGGAGCCACACUACAUAGUCCUGGAGGACCCCAGCUUCUCCCUCCUGGGAGUCGUACUGAGACCUAUCCGGGCUGUCCUGCCCAUUCCCAUCAGGUCCAAUGUGUUGCUCUACCAUCACCUCCAUCAUAAGGACGUCACCUUCCACCUCUACGUGAUUCCCAACGACUGCUCCAUUCGCAAGGCCAUAGAUGAUGAAGAAAAGGCAUUCCAGUUUGCGCGACUACACAAGCCGCCCCCAACGACACCGCUCUACAUGGGCUCCCGAUACACUGUGUCUGGUUCACAGGAGAUGGAAAUUAUCCCUCAGGAGACCUCAGACCUCCACGCCUCACAGAACAACCCCAAGGGCCUCCUUCAUGAACCCAACCCCACACCCAGCUCCAGCAAACUGCUGGCCUGGCAGCUGACAUGCAGGGGCGGAGGUGCCCCAGGAGAUAACCUGCACUUUGUGGACCGGCAUCGGGAGCAGCUAGUGACUCGAGUAACGUUGGUGGAUCCAGUCCUGGACAAGCUAUAUAGAAAGAUGAUAAGUGACGAGCAGUAUCAGAAGCCAUGGAACUUCAGUGAUGCCUUUGCUGGGCAUUACAUGUCCGUGCCCAAAAAUGCCCCGCGGGUGCCCAGGCAGCCUCCUUUGGCUUUCACGGGACAGCUGCCCAGCUGGGAUGACAGCAUCUCAGGGGAUGUGCAUGUGCAGCUGGCAGGGCGUCUGCAAACCUUGUAG